AUGAUCAACUUCCUUGUUCUUUUGUUGAAUGGUGUUGUAAGAUAAGCGUCAUUUUCUAAACUUGAAGUAUUACAGAUAUUGUGAUUUGUGAAUAACGCUAAACUAGCAAUGUCACAAAACAGAAACUACCGGCGUGACGGGGGCCGGCAGUCGUUUCAAGGGUCUGGUGGCGGGUACGGCGGGCCCAGGAAUCCUGCCAGUCACAUGAAUCCCUGGGAAGGGGGCAUGGUGCCGGGCCGGGGCGGAGGCGGUGGUGGAGGAGUCAGUGGUCUGCUGCCCACUCCGCCCCAGACUAACCUGCUGUCCCAGCUGUCCUCUCCAGAGGCCCAGUUAGCCUUGGCCAGCAACCUGCUCUCGACUCUGUUGCGGCCACAGCAACAGCAGCAGGUGCCAUCACUGCUAAGCUUGGGUGCGAUGAACCAAGGCGGUGGCGGUGGGGGUGGCCCUGGGUAUCAUCCCCCGCCUCAGUUCGGCCCGAACCGCUUCCAGGACCGGCGCAUGAAGGGAGGCCGUAACGACGGUAGGCGAAUGGAGCCUUACACCAAGCCGGGCCAAGCUCGCCGAGGAGGCGGCGGUGCUCGUCCAGGUGGAGACCGGAAGCCUGGCCAAGGGUUGCGCAGUCCUAACUUAGGGAAAGGGCGCCCUAUCGCUUCAUCCAAGGAUGGGGGUAAAGCUGGCAAAAAGGACGAUGAGAAAUCUGAGUCCGACCAAGAUAAGGACAAAUCUAGUGCAGAUCCCAAAGACGACGACGAGGAUUUCAAAAGAGAGGGUGAUGCUGGAAGGAAGAAAUAUUGGAAGAAAGGUGAUGACAAAGAGUAUGAUGAUGACGAAGAUGAAGAUUCUAAGUAUGCUGGUAUCCCAAGUGUCCUCUUUUAUUGCCAUGUAUGCAAGAAGCACAUGUGGGAUGGCCAUUCAUUUGAAAAUCAUCUUAAAGGCAGAACUCAUGUUCUCAUGAUGGAAAAGUUAGAAGAGAGCUACAAGAUAAAAGUUGAGCUCAUGAGACAUGAACAAAAGGUAGCAGAACAACAGCGGGAGAUUGAGAUGGACAGAAUGAAGCGUCAGGGCAAGAAGUUCCAUCUUGGUGUUCAGGAGUUCUGCACCAUGUGCGACUUGUCUUUCUUCGGAAGCUUAGUCACACAUCGCAAGCAGGAGAAGCAUCAGCAAUUAAAAAGUUUCCUGCAUCCCCGGUGUUUGCCAUGUGCAAAAGAAUUCCCUACUCGUGUUGAAUGGGAUCAUCAUAAGUUAACACCAUAUCAUCUGAAGAAAGCUGCAGAAGCACGCAAAAAGCGAAUAGGCGGAUCUGAUGAUGAGUUCACGUUGGAGGAUUUCAUUUCACAGGAGACUGGCAGUUAUGGUGACAUGCUUGGCAAGGAAAUGAAAGUGCGGACACGAGAACAGGAAGAGAAUGACAUUAAGGAAGUGCGAGAGAAGGUGAAGGAUAAGGAUGAUGAGGGAGCAGAAAAAGCUGAGGGUGAGGGUGAGGGAGAUAAAACAGCAGAAAAUAAUACUGCUGAAUCCAAGCCAGAGGAUGGUCAGGAGGCCACAGAAGAGCGACCGACCGCACAAGGGACUAACGCUUCUGCACCUGGAAAUGCCCGCUAUCGUAUUCCUAAGUACAAUCCUGACACGCCAGUAGGUCAACAGCUCCUGAAGGAACUGACAGGUCAUCUGUGCCGAGCUUGCCAGCGUUUCUUCCGUUCUCAGGAUGAUGCUCUUACCCACUGUCGUACUUUAGGACAUUACAAUAAUUUCAUUGCUCUUUUGAAGACCCAGGCUCGUGCCCAGGAAGCCAAAGAGAGACGUGAGGCUCAGAAGCGAAUAAAGGAUGAUGUAAAAAAAGAAAAGCCAGAAACAGGUGGUGAAGCUGAGAAACGAUCAGCUGUUGAAGAUAGCGUUGAUGAUGAAGGUAACUGGAAACGUCGCAAGGUAAUGACCUCAAAGAAUCUUGAUGAUAGUGAUGUUGUGCUUCCUUCAAAGAAGAGCGACGAUGAGGGUGAUUCCAAAGCAGAUGAAGGGAAAGAAGAUGACGGAGAUAAAAAGUAUGAUCCAUACGAAGCUGAAGACUCGAACAGUGAGAAUCCAGGAAAGGAUAAAAAUAAAAAGCCUGUAGACACAGAUGAUCCGAUUUGGGAAGAAGUGGAUCGUGAUUUGGGCAACUUGCUGGAUUCUGUAGACGUAGAGCAGGAAGGAGAGGAAGAAGCACCAGCAGUUGACAAGGGCGAGAAGGCUUCUCGUGGAGCAGUCAGAGGUCAUGGCGGCAAGGGUAAUGUUGCUAUAAGGUCGCGGGCUGGCCGCAGGAGGAAAUAAAAUAAUUUUCUAUCCUCCAUACUUCAGCUUAAUAUGUGCUUUGUGUAUUGUUGUUUAAUAGUGUUGCAGCUGUUUAGGGCUGCGAUCAUGUUUUAACUAUGAUGAAAACAAGUUGAUAGGAUAUAAGAAAAUACCUAGCAUAAUUUAGUAUGUAGAAUCUCUCUUAUCUGAUUUUAGUUGAUGUUCCCAGUAAUUUUUUGUAACACGUAUAAAUAUUUCUUAAUUGGUCGUAUGGUUAAGUAAAAAAGUUACAAAAAUUUUGUAGAAUGGUAUUAGCGACCAAAAUGGAAUUUUACUUAGAAAACGUAAAGUAGAACAAUGAGUUAUAGAUAAAAUGCAAAUUAUUAUUUUACAUGUGUUCAGCUUUUUGUUUUUAGUUUCAACAGAUUAAUGUGAUUGUGACUGAUAAUCUACAAUACUUUUUUGAUGGUAUGUUAAUAAAUUUUUUCUGAUUUGUA